AUGGAUAAUUACGUCGUGUGCCCGAGCUUUCAAGCUGAGCAGCAGCAUUCGCUCGCGGCACAGUUGCCAACUGCUUUGCCACUGCUCAAGGAUGCUUAUCUUGCAUGUGCUAUUACGAUAAAACAGCUUCAAUCUGACAACGUUGCGGACACAGAUGCCAACAGCAGUAUACGAUAUAUCACGAAAGCUAUGAGUGCCUUACACUCUCUGUCUACCUCGUGUUCAGAAAACGCAAUUUUAUGCCAAACUCUAGGAAGUAUGCUGGCUUUCUCGAUCUAUUCGGUUAUCGGUGUAGGAGUCCCAGAAAUUUGCAAAUACUGCCUCGACACAGCAAAUCCAUCCGUGGAAACAGGGACAACAAUAUCUAGAACAAACAAAGGUUCGUGGGAGAGCUUUCUGGUGCUUCUGGAGACCAUGGACUGCCUGGUCCACCGGCAAAAGCCGACAGUAAGGAUUCAGACACCAGCCUCUGGUGUUGUUGAUCGCCACCUGGGUCUCUGCUUACCUCUCAUGCCUUAUUAUUAUGAUUUGUGUGUGAUCAACAAUUCUCUUGCCCAUUCAACUGACCUGGCCGCUUCAGCUCUUCUUCAAAAGCAGCUAAAUGAUAUUCAAUCCGUUGUUGAAUCAUGGCAGCCGUCGAACAUGGAUCAACUUGUUGGGCAGUUUGAUUCGACGGAAAUUGCGCACCUUCUUGCACAAGCCAAGGUAUAUCGUCUGGGAGCGCUCCUGGUGGGCCACCGGUUGCGAUAUCGAUUAGGUGAGGAGGAUUCACAGGCCGCAAUAUGGUCCAAGGAAAUCAUCAUGGAGCUUGAAAUGGCAUACCAAGUCACGAAGCGAUGUGUUCGUUUCGUGACAUUACCUUUCAUCGUCGCGGCAGUUGAAGUUCGAGAUAAGACUUCACGCUCAAAAACGCUCAAGCUUGUGGACGAUUGCGUCGAUCAAUACGCCCCGACCUUGAAAAAGGCAACCAAGAAAUUCUUGUGCAAUGUCUGGCGCGAGCGGGAUUCGAAUUUUACGGGUUAUUGGUUCGAUUUAGUAUAUAAACCAUGUCCAGUGCUAGAUUCCUUCGGCAAGGUUCACUUUGGUAGCUAA